GGGAGAGGAUAGAAGCAACUAUGGAAGUUUUCACUUUAAACCUCGUUAACUUUUUAAGCGUUUCGUUAUCAGCAGAAUUACUCUGAAGUGGGUACGGCUCAUUAUUUGCGUUCAUGUUUUAACAUCCAUGUUUUGAAUAGUUUCCCAAUCAGGAUGUCAAUUUAGCAGAAAAGCCGGUUCAGAUCUUAAAGUUCAGAUCCAACGAGAUCCGUAGCUACCUCCUUUAUUAACAACACACAAAGAGAUCUAGGGAGCGUUUUUUUUUUUUUUUAAAUCAGUUAAUUUUUUGAAUGUCACAAAGAUACUUUGGGGACUUUUUCUCCUGAACGAAAUGGAUCACUUUGCAGCCGAGUGCCUUGUGUCAAUGUCCAGUCGUGCCAUUGUCCAUGGCCAUAAAGGGAACAGAGAGAUCAAACCAGAAACUGCGUCUGCACAGAGAUACGGAGAGGAAACGAGGGACCCCAUGACAAAGGACAAUUCGUCUCUCUUUGUGGUGGCGAGGAUUUUAGCCGAUUUCAACCAGCAGACCCCUACCGGUCUUGCCGACCAGGCAAAAAUAAAGGAAGAUAAACAGCAAACACCCUCAAGAGUGGAUGGAAACGCUGCCACACCUACCGCCAUCUACAGCGACCCGGGUCACAAACAAAGAGGCAAACGGGCGAGAGGUCGAACCGAACACGAAUCUCCCCUGAAAAAGCAUAAAUGCCACUAUUCAGGUUGUGAAAAAGUUUAUGGCAAAUCGUCCCAUCUCAAAGCCCACUUAAGGACACAUACAGGAGAGCGCCCCUUCCCCUGCACCUGGCCCGACUGCAACAAGAAGUUCGCCCGCUCCGACGAGCUGGCCCGCCACUACCGCACCCACACGGGGGAGAAGAAGUUCGGCUGCCCCCUCUGCGACAAGCGCUUCAUGCGCAGCGACCACCUGACCAAGCACGCCCGCCGCCACUCCGACUUCCAGCCCGGCAUGCUGAAGAGGCCCCACGGGGCGGGCGGGGCCCGAACGGGCUCCCUCAGCGACUACAGCCGCUCCGACAUCUCCAGCCCCGCCCUCAGCCCCGCCAGCUCGCCUUAAACCUCUCCCCUUCUGGCACGUUCCGCCAGACCACACCCGCCCUAGACCCGCGGAACUAAAGUCCUUUUUUUUUUUUUUUUACCCCCUCAACCUUUGUGUUGCACAGUGUGUUGGCUUUCCUUUGCUAACUCUCUCCGCUUGCUGUACUGUACUGUACUGUAAUGUACUGUGCGUAACUGCCUAUUGUAGUGCAAUCUCUUGUGCAACUCGAAAAAAGAAAGAAAAAAAAGACACACCUUUCCCAGAGGUGGCAAUAUUUACAUAGUAUAUGAUAUGUAUGUAUUGUUUUUUAGCUUCUGGUAUGUUUUUAUUUCAUUUUUUAUUUCUUUCAUUGAAACUCAGUUUCAGUUUCAAGAAACAACAAUGACAACAGCGACAACCGAUUGAUGGAUAUUUAAUAUUCUUCACCUUUAUUUAACAUGGGGGGGACUCAUCUACACCUCAGGAUUUAAUACAGUUGUUUUUCUUAACUACUUAACUUGACUGCACAAUACAAGCAUCACUUUACUCUGAAA